AUGGCCGCAGGGAGAUAUAGGUGGACCGUGUCCUCUCCGCUAUACCCCCUGGGCUCCCCUGACCAGGCACCCAGAAGAGCCCGCAAGAGAGCGGAAGGUGGAGCCGGCUCCAAUGUCUUCUCCACGUUUGAUCAGUCCCAGAUCCAGGAGUUUAAAGAGGCCUUCACCAUCAUGGACCAGAACCGGGAUGGCUUCAUCGACAAGGAGGACCUGAGGGACACCUUUGCUGCCUUGGGCCGCAUCAAUGUGAAGAACGAGGAGCUGGAGGCCAUGGUGAAGGAGGCCCCUGGGCCCAUCAACUUCACCAUCUUCCUGACCAUGUUUGGGGAGAAGCUGAAGGGUACAGACCCGGAGGAGACCAUUCUCCACGCCUUCAAGGUGUUUGACACUGAAGGGAAAGGGUUUGUCAAGGCUGAUUUCAUGAAAGAGAAGCUCAUGACCCAGGCCGACCGGUUCAGUGAGGAGGAGGUCAAGCAGAUGUUUGCGGCUUUCCUGCCAGAUAUGUGUGGUAACCUGGAUUACCAGAACUUGUGCUAG